AUGGAUGACGGCGAGGUCCUUAAAAAGAGGGGCUACAUUAUGGGUAUCAACCUCGGAGAAGGUUCCUACGCCAAAGUGAAGUCUGCUUAUUCCGAACGGCUGAAGUGUAACGUGGCGGUCAAGAUCAUCGAUAAGAAGAAGGCUCCCCGAGACUUCCUGGAUAGGUUUCUCCCGCGGGAGAUUGAGAUGUUGGCCAGGGUGAAGCAUUACGCCAUCGUCAAGACUUACGAAAUCUUUGAGACCUCCGAAGGGAAAGUCUACAUCGUCACCGAACUCGGGGUCCAAGGGGACCUGCUGGAGUUCAUCAAGAAGAAAGGGGCCAUCCCUGAAGAGAUUGCCCGCAAGAUGUUCAACCAACUAGCCAGCGCCAUGAAAUAUUGCCAUGAGUUAGACAUCGUCCACCGGGACUUGAAAUGCGAGAACUUGCUCCUGGAUAAAGAAUACAACAUCAAACUGACGGAUUUUGGCUUCGCCAAGCGCCUGUCUCGAGACGAUGACGGGCGGGUCAUUCUUAGCAAAACCUUCUGCGGGUCGGCUGCCUACGCGGCCCCCGAAGUGCUCCAGGGCAUCCCCUACCAGCCCAAGGUCUACGACAUCUGGAGCAUGGGCGUCGUGCUGUUCAUCAUGGUCUGCGGUUCCAUGCCUUACGACGAGUCCAACAUCAAGAAGAUGCUCAAGCUGCAGAAGGAGCACCGGGUCCAUUUCCCCCGGUCCAAAAUCCUGUCGGUGGAAUGCAAGGACCUCAUCUACCACAUGCUUCAGCCCGACGUGACUCGGCGGCUGUGCAUCGACGAGGUUUUGAUGCACAUCUGGAUGCAGGAGCCCAAAGCCGUGUCUGACUCCAUGCUGACCAAACCGGGAGAGUGCUCACAGAGCCAGAUCCGAUCCCUCUUCGGAAAGGAAAGCAUUUCGCAGCCGUCAGAUAACGAGCAAGUGAAACAAGAGAUACGGCACGAGGACCUGGAGAAUCUCGACACUGUCUCUGACCAAAUGCAAAGGACUUCCCUCUGA